GCGCGUCUCCCAAUCAGUCGUCGUGGUGAAUCUAGCCGGAGCAGACGUUUCCUGGCUCGGAAUCUUUUGUACUGCGAGAAUGGGCGUGAUCAAGCGGAUCGCGACUGUGAUACUGUGGAUGGUGCUGGCGGUGGUGAUCGUGGAAGGUCAGCAGAACUAUCAGUGUGGCAUCCCGCUGGCCCGGUCCACGUUUCUAAUCAUCCAUGGCGAAAGCGCACGGCAUGGCCAUUGGCCGUGGCACGUGGCCCUGAUGUUGCGACAGAAGGAUGGAACGGAGAAGUACGCUUGUGGUGGUACGCUGAUAAGUCAAAAGUUUGUUUUGACGGCGGCGCAUUGUGUUCUGAGCGAGAACCGGCAUCAGCUUCUAAGGAGCGCAAAGGAUGUGACGCUUUGGGCGGGGGUUUUCAACUUGGAUAAACCGGAAGAAACGCAACAGGUGCGUUCGGUGGCUCGGAUCCAGGUUGAUGGGUAUACGAGAGAUAAUUUGUUGCACGAUAUCGCACUGUUGGAGACGACGGAGCCAUUCCAGUAUUCGGCGCAUGUAUUGCCAGCAUGUUUGAAUGAACAAUCUGGACUGAGAACUGGACUGGGAACUGUUGUGGGUUGGGGCGUUGCUGAAAAUGACCAAAAUUCGCCAACUUUGAAAAAGUUGGUAAUGCCAGUUGUGGACGAAUCAGAAUGCUUGAAGAGUGAUCCAACUAUUUUUGGAAUUGCUUCGCAGAAGGAGAUUUUCUGCGCAGGAUAUGCAAACGGAUCUGCUCCUUGUAACGGCGACAGUGGUGGAGGAUUGAUGGUUCAACAAGGUGACGCUUGGUAUUUGGCGGGAAUUGUGUCAUUCACCAAAGUUCGGAAAGCUGGGUCAAGUCUCUGCCUUGCCGAAUCGUAUACGGCGUUUACCAACGUUACGUCAUAUUGGGGUUGGAUCGAAAGUGUUACCAAUAUUGAUUUUCGUGGAAAGUUCAACGAAGAACGCGACAUCCCAUGCAAAACCGCUGUUGGAACCACGGGAAACUGUGUACCCCUUCAGCAAUGUCGCGACAUUUUCAACAUGAUCCGAGCGCCAAUUGUAGGCCAACAGGAUGCUCACUAUAUAAAUCGAUCCAUUUGUCGGAUUGCCGGAAUCCCUCGAGCUGUCUGCUGUCAGAAACAGCACAUCGAACCAUUUCCCAUUCACCCGAAUGCUUUACUUCUGCCGAGUGAUUGCGGGCGAGCUCGAGUUCGAAGUCACCCCUCUGCGGGCCAGUCUACUCUAGUUUUCGAGUUCCCGUGGAUGGCGAUAGUUCGAUUCAAGCCGAAGCGAAACAAAGUCCCACACUGUUUGGGAACGUUGCUCAACACCAGAUACGUCCUCUCGGUCACUGGUUGUAAGCAAAAGCAGAAGGACAACCCGAUUGAUCAUGUUCGAUUUGGUGAGCACACGGAAUCGACCGAAGUAGAUUGCUCCUUCGACGAACGAGGCAGAAGAAUGUGCACAAGAAACGUGCUGGACAUCAAAGUGGAACGCUUCAUCGAACAUCCUCAGUUUGACGUUCCGAUGUACACAAACGAUCUGGCCAUCAUACGCCUGGCAACAGAUGUCAACUAUUCCGACCAAGUCCGGCCGGUAUGCCUCCCGCUAUACUCCCCAACUCGCGCGAACGUCCCCAAAGAUCAGAUUCUCACAGCCUGGGAUCUGGACUACAUGACCACCAACAUCUACAAGGGGGAACUGCGCCGCUACCCGGAACAGCUGGUCGAUCUCGACGUGUGCCAGAAAGGGUACGAGAAAGCCGGUUUCACACCGAUGCUGAACGAGGAUCGCAUGUGCUCGCUGCAGCUGGGGCCGGAGUACAACUGCCAGCGAAUGGCCGGGGCACCGAUCGGAACCUACGUCAACACGGACGGGACGGAUCGGUUCGUUCAGUUCGGGCUGUGGAAGUUUGCACCGCUGAAUUGUACCGUGCGGGAGUCGGUGCCGGCUUUGGCGAUGAAUCUGGUGCGGUACCUGGGCUGGAUUCUGCAGAAUUUGGAACCAUCGGAAAAGAGUAUAAUCAAGGCGUGAGGAGAAUGUUGUUGAAACGGAAAUAUAUGAGGCCAUAUUUUAAAU